AUGGACAUAGAAUUGGCUAAGUGUGAGUGUUGUAGUCUAAAAGAAGAUUGCACACAAGACUAUAUUAAUGAAGUGAAGGCCAAUUUCAAGGGGAAAUGGUUGUGUGGGUUGUGCUCAGAAGCUGUUAGAGAUGAAGUUGAAAGAGGAAGGAAUAAUAAUAAUCAAUAUUUUCUUGUGAUGGAAGAAGCAGUGAAGGCUCACAUGUCAUUUUGUAGAAAAUAUAACUCUAAUCCUGCAAUUUGUGUAGCUGAUGGGAUAAGGCAGAUGCUAAAGAAAAGGUCUGGUGAUUUAUCUUCUUCUUACCUUCCAAGAAAUGUACAAGAUCAACAAGCACAUCCCAAGUAG